UUUCCGGUGACGUCGGCGAGCAGACAUAAAAGAUGGUUCAGCGCCUGACGUACCGUCGUAGGUUGUCCUACAACACAGCCUCCAACAAGAAAAGACUGUCCCGUACCCCUGGUAAUCGCAUUGUGUUUCUGUACACCAAGAAGGUUGGCAAGGCCCCAAAGUCUGCAUGUGGUAUUUGUCCUGGAAGACUCCGGGGUAUCCGUGCAGUUAGACCGAAGGUCCUGAUGAGGCUGUCAAAGACCAAGAAACACGUCAGCAGGGCUUAUGGUGGAUCCAUGUGUGCCAAAUGUGUGCGCGACAGAAUUAAACGUGCAUUCCUCAUUGAGGAACAGAAGAUUGUUGUGAAGGUUCUGAAGGCACAAGCACAAAGCCAGAAGUCAAAGUGAAUUGUCUAAAUUUAUUUGUACUCUUGGAAAUAAAGAACUCACU